AUGUCGAAGGCGAGCUAUGAUGAUAUAGACGUAGGUAUUGUUGGCACCAUAUUAUCUAAUCAAGCUCAGGCAAUUGGCAAUUUGAACAGCCAGUAUCGGACUUCGUGGUGCUUAAACGAGCUGAAGAACUGUUUAGCAAUUAUGAUGAAAUCUCUUGACAAACGUGGAAAGUUAGUCAUUUCAGGGGUGGGGAAGUCUCACAAGAUUGCAACUAAGAUAUCUGCCACUAUGAACAGCUUAUCUCUACAUUCGGCAGUUUUGCACCCCACGGAAGCACUUCACGGAGACUUGGGGCUCUUGCGAGAGGAAAACAAUGACACUUUAAUCCUCAUCAGUGUGAGUGGUAAAACAAGUGAAUUGAUAAGUCUUUUGUCCUAUGUUCCAAAUGAUAUUGCAGUUAUUCUACUUACAUGCACUAGGGAUUCUAUCCUAGCUCGUGAUCAUAGAGUGAAAGGAGUUCUUUACGCCGAAUUGCCUUACCAGUUUUCCGAAUCCUACCUCUAUGGCUUGAGCGCUCCUACUAUAUCCACUACUUUAUGCUUAACUUUAAUGGACAGUGUGUCCAUUGCUUUGGCGGAGGCUUAUAUCAAAGACAAGCAGUUGCGACAAAGACUUUUUGGAGAAAGGCACCCUGGGGGCGUUAUCGGUGAAGAGUACUCAAGAGGCAGCACUGCAAGUCUCAAUACUCAAUUCUCCACCUCGAUAGGCCUGUAUUCUUCUAGUUCCAAUACUGAUAGCAAUACAGUCGAAACCCCGGAUGAAAGUAUAGAACCAUAUGGACUUGAGGGCAAGCUUGUUUAUCAUACGUCAAAAAUUCCGCAAAACCAACUGAAAUUGCUCCAGGUUAUCACCGCCAAUGACGUUUUGGUUAUUGCGGGAUCUUUUGCGAUUGAGUGCCAGAAAAUUAGAGAUAUAUUCAAAGCUAACAGUGCAAACACAGAACUGGAGUUCACUGAUCUUUUAAAUCAAAUUGAAGGACACCUAGUCCCCAUUUAA